CCGCAGAAAGUAUAAAUGCCCCAGCUUCAUGCUGAACAGUAUCCAAUUCUGCUCAAGCAUCCUCCAGCAAGCAUCAAUCUUCUUUCAAGACUUUGUUCAACCAACUCUAUUUUCAAAAUGGCAGAAAUCCCGGAAGAACGUAUGGAAGAAAUCAAGGAAGCUUAUGAAAUCUUCUGCCGAACCACUGAGAUGGAACUUGGAUUCGAUCAAGUUGGAGAUGUUUUCCGAGCCAUUAACCUUAACCCAACCAUUGAAGAUGUAGAGAACGCUCUUGGAAACCCAACAAAAGAAGAUAUGGCUGCCAAGAAAUUGAAGAUCGAGGAGUUCCUUCCAGUGUACACUAAGUUGGUUACUGAAUUUACUGAAGGCACUUACGAUGAUAUCCUUGAAGGUCUUCGUGUUUUCGACAAGGAAGGUAACGGAACAGUUAUGGGAGCUGAGAUCAGACACGUCCUUCGAACCCUUGGUGAGAAGAUGACAACACAAGAAAUCAGUGCUUGCAUGGACGGCCAGGAAGAUAUGAAUGGUUCAAUCAACAUCGAUACUUUCUGCAGAUACCUAUUGGAGGAAAAGAAAGCCGAAUAAUCAACUUUCGAAUAAACAGCCGACAAUUUUCUUUAUUAAAGUCGUUUUGUUUUUACCAAUUAAUUUUGUUGCUAUUUAUUUUUUAAAAGUAAAAAGCGUUUUCGAACCAUGAUUUUGUAAACGUUUAAAUAAAAUGACAAUGAAAGAAUAUUAAA